CAACUACUGCAAACCCCUACUCCACAUCUAAUCUCUCUCUUUCAAAUUUUCUCUCUAAAGUCUCAAUAUAUAGUUAAAAAAUAAUAAAAAUGGACUUGGUAGCAAAAAUGGCUGCAAAGAAAGCGGUAGUGAUCUUUAGCAAGAGUACAUGUUGCAUGUGUCAUGCAAUCGAAAGGUUGUUCUACGAUCAAGGAGCGAGUCCGGAGAUUCACGAGCUCGAUCGGGAGUCGAAAGGGAAGGAAAUGGAGUCUGCCCUCUCGAAGACGUUGGGGGGUUGCAGCCCAACCGUGCCAGUUGUGUUCAUCGGUGGAAAGCUUAUCGGAUCCGCCAACACUGUCAUGACUCUUCAUCUCAAUGGUUCCCUAAAAAAAUUGCUAAAGGAAGCAGGAGCUAUAUGGCUUUGAUGUUUUGAACAUAAAUUAUUAGUAGAAUUGAACAAAAGGUCUCUUUUUUUGAUCCUUUUGUGUAAAAGUAUGCUACCUAUGAUAUAUAAUGGUUGAAAUAAUUAGUAACAAGUUGAUGAAACUGAUGACUCAUGUAAUAUUUGCCACUUUUUCAAUUUCAUCCCUCAAGCUUAAUAUAUUUCCAUUUUGCCGUUUCUAUCA